AUGAUAACGACAUACUUAACCUCGUUAAAAGCGAGAUUCAACCCCUUCAGCGCAUCAUCCAAAAUCCCGCGUCUGUUCCUCACUCUCCUCCCCGCAGACGCUCAUAAAAGCCUCAAGAUAUCCUCCACUGCUCUCCCACGAACCUCCGCGGAACCCAGCACAUUAGAACUCGGAUUCAAAGAUGGGAAGGUGGUAAAAUAUUCAUGGGGUGCCGAGGCGCCGCGGGUGAACAAGGGAAAGAAAGGAUCAGGGGAGCGAGUGACGCUGCACGACAUUGUAGAAGAAGUUGACAGGCAUGCAAGGGUGUUGGCAAGGAAGGAGGAGUUGGCUGGCUGA